AUGAACGGCUCUCUGUUCGACGUGACCCAGAGCGCGCUGCUGAGCGGCUGCUGCAACGCCACCGGCGACGCCGCGGUGGCCGCCAGUGACGGCGGCGGCUCGCUGCUGCUGCUGCCGCCGGACGAGCGGAAACUCUUCAUCAUGAGGGUCGUGCAGAUCGCCGUGCUGUGCGUGCUGUCCCUCACCGUCAUCUUCGGCGUCUUCUUCCUCGGCUGCAACCUGAUGAUAAAGUCGGAGAGCAUGAUCAACUUUCUGGUCAAGGAGCGCAGACCCUCCAAAGACGUUGAAGCGGUCAUGAUCGGACUCAACUAG